AUGGCUGAAUCUGUUAGCACAGUCGAGCUAGGCGAUGAAAUUACCGUUGAAGUUUCAGACCAGAGCAUGUCCAUUCCGGUCAGAUUCAGCCAGAAUCGUCAGGAAAAGGUUGUGGAUUACUAUUCCGGCACCUUUACCAAUACAUCCCGCAAUGAAACUGGUGUAUUCUUUGUACAGGUCAAACUCUUACCCAAGCUCUUGGAACGAUUUCCAACAAAGGUCGUGAAAAUUGAUGACACGUUCCAGUAUGGCCAAAAGGACAAGACAGGUGCUAAUCGAUGGGUCGUCUUCCAUGACAGGGCCCUGAAGCCUUUUCAGCAUCGCUUCGUCGACGGUCUCGGCAAAGGAUAUCAAUUCAGCCAGUCAGGCCUCGAAGUGAUUUCGAAAAUGGGGUUUACUCCAGGCGAGAAUGGUGGCAAGUUAUUCGAAGAGAUAAUUGAACUCAAGGGCGGCCUUGCAGAGCGCGAGGCCAUAAGUGACGCAUCCCGCCGUGCCGUUCUAGCUUUCGACCACGCCGACGAAGCACUCCUUCUGUCAGCCAUCACCAAGGAUAUCGACGCCGAGAUGCCCGGUUCAACGGCCCACGGCAUCACAGGAUUCAAGGCGGCAGUCUUUGACCGUGUCUUCAAGCUCGACACAACUCGUUCUCUCUCUAAUAUACGCAUUAAUAUCACGAGCAGCAGUACCGCGACGGCAACAUGCUCGGCAUUGGCCCAGCAUGUUCAUCCUGGACAGGGUGUCGAUCCAAGUUCGGCAAAGUUCAUGUCGGGUGCUUUUUAUACUUGCAAUAUGGCCAAGGUUGAAGAUCUGUGGAAGAUGGAAACUUGGAAGGCGAAUAUCGUCUGGCUGGAUGGUGAUCCUACAGUUCUCGCGGGGGAGUAA